AUGACGCACACCGAACCCGAAGUUGAAUUGCACUACGGCGUAAAAAUCGACGCCACCUUCGAGAAAAACACCCAACCGCCGUCCGAGACUCAAGUAACAUCUCUACUCUCUCUCAAGGGCCGCACUGCCAUUGUUACGGGUGCAGGGGCCGGCAUUGGCUUCGGCGUCGUCGAAGCCUUCGCGGAAGCCGGUGCCAACGUCGCUUUAUGGUACAAUUCAAACCCCGAGGCCAUCGAAAAGGCGAAGAAAAUAUCAAAGACCUACGGGAUCACUUGCAAGGCCUACAAAGUCAAUAUCACGGACGAAGAAGCCACAAUCAAAACCAUAGACCAAGUAGUCCAAGACCUCAACGGCCGUCUCGACAUCUUCGUCGCAAACGCCGCUCUCUACUGGGGUCACGGCCGUCUAAUCAACAGCUCCACAUCCAAUUUCCAAGAAAUCGUGAACACAAACUUAAUGAGCACCUACUAUGCCGCCAAAGCCGCAGGCAAACACUUCCAACGCCAGAAGGAAACAGGAACAGACAUCUACGGCUCCAAACUCAAAAACUUCCAUUCCGGAUCCUUUAUCGUAACAUCUAGUAUCGCUAGUGUACACCAGUUAUUCCCACAGGCUACGACUCCGUAUUGUGUUACUAAAGCUGCGGUGACGCAGUUCGUGAAAGGACUAGCUGUGGAGUUUGUGAAGUUUGCUCGGGUGAAUUUGGUUUGUCCUGGGUAUGUUGGUACAGAGCUUUUGGAUCCGACACCGGGGGGUAUUAGGAGGUGCUGGAGUCAGAUGACGCCUAUGGGACGAGAGGGAACGGUAAGUGAGAUGAAAGGAGCUUUUCUAUACCUUGCCAGCGAUGCGGCUAGUUAUACGACCGGGGCCGAGAUUUUCGUAGAUGGAGGAUACACUUGCCUUUAA